CAAUGAAAAAGUCUGUCUCUCGACCUUCAAAACUUUGAAAAUAACCGUCGGGUUAGUAAUUUAUUUAACUACCUCAGAUGUUUUAAAACUCGUCCAUUAUCUUAAAUUAUUCAGCGGCCUAAGUAACUGCCAGAAACAUUAAAAUGAAUUACAAGUUUUUAUUUAUUUUUUUAAGUAUGACAUUUAGCAUGACAUUGUCUGUUGAUAGUUUAAAAUGUACUAGCAAAAGUGAUGAUUUUAAUUGUCGCCUGACUUCGAUGACUCCGUAUCGUUACAUCGCCAAUUAUGACGACAGUGAAAUUAAUUUCCCAGGUUGCGAAGCUAAAAAAAUGUGGCUGCUGAUAAGACACGGGACUAGGUAUCCAAGUAAAGGGGUAUUGAACGAAAUGGAACAACUUGUAGAAUUGCGUGAUAAAAUUUUAUUAAAUUGUAAUGCUGGUAAUUGUAAUCUGACAGAUACACAAUUAAUUAAUUUAGCUAAUUGGAAAUUUAGUAUCGAUAAAAAUAAAGAAAUGACAUUGGCUGAAGAAGGAGGCGUUGAAAUGCGAGGACUUGCUGAAAGAUAUCAAUCAAGAUUUCCUGAAUUGAUGCCUGAUAAAUAUGACAAUCGUACUUAUAAAUUUAAAUUUACGUCAAAGCAAAGGACCAAAGAGAGCGCUGGUAAUUUUACUGUAGGUUUAUUUGGUAAAAAUGGUAGUUUUGAUGUUGAAUAUCCAUUGGCUGAAGAAAAAGAUCGUAUAUUAAGAUUUUACAAAGCGUGUGAUAAAUGGCUACGAGAUAUUGAUGAUAAUCCUGAAGCUUAUUCAGAAGUUGAAAAAUUUAAAGCUUCAGAAGUGAUGACCAAGGCAUUGAAUGAUUUAUCUAGCCGUCUUGGUGUGACCAUUGACUACGAUAGAGCGAAAUCAAUUCGGUCAACGUGCGCAUUCGAGACAGCUUGGCAUGAGAAUUCAAAAUCUCCCUGGUGCGAGCUUUUAUCGCCAGAUGAAUUUCAGAUUAUGGAAUUCAGUCAUGAUCUUAAGUAUUAUUGGAUUGAUGGCUAUGGGUAUCCAUUGACAUAUCAACAUGCGUGUACUGCUAUCGGAGACAUGUUCAAAUUUUUAGAGACUAAUGAUGGAUUAAAAGUAUCGGCUUACUUCACACACUCGGGAACACUUCUAAAAGUUUUAUCUCUCUUGGGAUUAGCUCGAGACCCCACCCCACUCGUUCAUAACUCGUAUAAUUCAUCCGAAGACAGAUUAUGGAGAGUAAGUCUCAUCGAUGCUUUCGCAAGCAAUUUAGCGUUUAUUUCCUACGAAUGUAAGUCACCAGCACAAGAACCUGCUGAGGAUGCGCAGACAAAAAAAGUAUCCGUAAAAAAUGACCUAAAAGAGCGGAGUAUUUUAUUAAUGCAUCAAGAACGUAUCGUAAAUCUCCCCGGUUGUCCAAAAGAUUUUCCUUGUCCGCUGGCGGUGAUGAGAAAUAAAUAUCCCGACGAAGAAGAUGAAUGUGAGUUUGAUAAAAUGUGUAAGCUAUGAUUUGUGAUUGAUGCAAAGAUUACAGCUGAUCCAGCUCUUCGAUAGCCCAAUCAGUAUUUUUUUCCCGCGCAAUCAUAUCAAGAAUUAUUUCUUAGUACAAUAUUUUAUUUAAUCAGGAGUUUAUUUUUUUAGCGGAGUGAAUUCAGAGCGAUCUGGAUUUUUAAAAUCCGCGUCCACUCCGAAUCGGAGUUUUAAUUUUUAAAUAAAAUCCUUCUAGGAGUAAAUUUCACUCUGAUCCGGAGUUUAAAUUUAAAAUAAUGGAAUUUCACUGUAAUGUUUUAGCAUUAGUAUUAAAUUACGUUCAAUGUAAUUGAGGGAAAUGUAGAUAAAUAAUUAAUAUCGUAGUUAGAAACAUUAUAGUUAGCGUUAUAUCAGGAUGUUUGAGAUAAAAUGAGUGCGAUGUCAGGAAUUUAGGGGAAACAGUAAGAGGAUCUGUAGGGAAGACGGAAUCUCCGGAAUGCUGGGAUCAACUCGACCUCAUCUGCCGUAUAAACGCCUCAGGAUGCAUACCCUCUUGUUCUUAGCUCCUACCCAGUAUCUUACACUGUACCAGGUCACAAGGAUCAUCUACUGGGCCGUGUAAAUAUAAACGGUAAUUAAAGUCUUAAAGCCCAACCGAAAUUAAACAGACCCGACCAAAAAUAGUAAUCAAGGUUACUCUGUGUGUGUGGGCUGUCUAAUCCAAGAUAAACAUCUCGCGAUUACGAAUAAACCAUUCAUUUUAACUUUUAUAACUUACCUGAGUUAUGAUUAUUAUUAUUAUUAUUUUACCAGUGGGAAUGUUAUCUCUGUAAUAAAUGUUUAUAUCACACAAUGGAAAUAUUUACUCUGCGAAAAUUACAUCCGUUGCUAUAACGAAAUUUCCCAGAAUAAAUAUUUUAGUUGUCGUAAUUAAUUAAAAAUUAUUUUUAUUAUUUUAAAAUACGUAAGUAACACUCGAGUGAGUUUGACACUUGAAUAAAUUUUAUAUUAUGGCACUUAAUAUUUGCCAUUAUUUUAAAUAAUUAUGUUUAUUUUAUAUGAUAAUGGAAAUUAAAAAAUUUCAAGCCUAAAUAUGAAAUUUUUUAUUGGCCAAAAUGUGACCAAAUAAAGGCGGAAAAUUAAAUAGACCGAAAAAUGGCUGACAAUUAGGUCUGAAAAAAAACCGAAAAUAGGCCGACUCAAUUUGUCGGUCUGUUUAUGAAGAAUUAUAAAAUUUCCGAGUGUUUUCGGCCAAAUUUCAGGUUUUUCCAAUAAAAUUUGUCAGUUUCAGUGAAACUUUGGUAAAAUUUAGUCUUUUCAGGCCAUUUCCGGCGAAAUAUUUUUACGGAAAUAAAUUCAAUAGAUUUCUGCAAUAAUGUAACUCGCGUUAUUUGAAAUUCCACGACAUGUGCAAUGACUUUGACAUUUAAUUUAAGAAUCAAUAAAUGAAAUUUAAUUUAUUUCGACACUUGAUGUUUAUUUCCACUUCGUAACUAUAAAAUAAAGUAAAGAAAAUCAGUCAUAUAAACAUCUAGUUUAUCAUCACUGGCAUCAAUCCAUCAAGAGAUUGACCGAAAAAUUUUAAGAUGCUCAAUAAUUCUGUCUUAUUGACCGAAUUUUUUUAUAAUCUUGAUCUAAAUAUUUACUCGAAAAAAUAAGUGUAUUAAAUAUAUGUUUCAUCACCUCAUACAUAUAUUGUGUGAUUAAUGUUUUCCACAAUUUAUUUUUACACGAGUACUUUUAAAUAAAAUG